AUGGCGAACCCUGCCUCCGGCUCGGGCGACCAUCCCCGCGAGGAAACCCCCGCCGCGACUCCAACAGCCACGACGACUGAGACUGGCGGCACUGAUUCCGGCAAUACCGUGCCCGAAUCCGCCGAGUCUACACAGAAGCUGCAAGUCACGAAUCCACAAGUCGCAGACGAGGAUGAGGAAGACUCGGACUUUGAUGAAUUGGAUGACGUGCUAGAUGACUUCUCCAAACCAAAAGCAGCGCCCGCAGCCGCGCCCGCGCCCACAGCUACACAAUCGGACCCUACCACCGGGAUCGCCCCACCCGAUUUCGACGAGGAUGCCUUCCUCAAGCAACUGGAGAAAGACAUGGCCAACAUGAUGGCCAAUCCCGGUGCCGCCGGCCCCGGCGCGGCCGACGCACAAGACUUCCAAUCAGCCGUCGACGAAGGCGCGGACGCCUUUGCGAAACAGCUCGAGGAGAGCGGUAUCCCGCCGGGUGAUUUCUUGAAGCAGCUGCUGGCAGACGUGAUGGCCGAGGAAAAUGGUAGCGCUGGCGCAGAGGGUCUUGCGAAGGAUUCAACCGCAGCCUCGGCUACGGCACCGCCGGCUGGCCCCGCGGACGGCGAACAACCCGAGAACUUCAACGAUGCGAUUCAGCGCACUAUCGAGCGGAUGAAGCAGUCCGGUGAUCGUGCGACGGAAGCCGCGACGACGGGCGACGGGCUAGACGAUGAUUUGAUUGCGCAGCUACUCAAGGCCGUGGAGGCUGGUGCGUCUGGGGCGGGCGAGGAUGGUGAUCUGACGAAGAUGUUUAUGGGGAUGAUGGAGCAGUUGUCGAAUAAAGAGAUGCUGUAUGAGCCGAUGAAGGAGUUGGAUGGCAAAUUUGAGCCUUGGAUUGCGAAGAGUAAAGCCGAGGGGACGGUGCCGAUGGAGGACAUGGAGCGGUAUGAGACGCAGGCCCGCGUUGUGAAGCAGAUUGUGCUCAAGUUCGAGGAGCCGGGGUACUCGGAUGAGGAUGCUAAGUGUCGGGAGUAUGUGUGGGAGCGCAUGCAGGAGAUGCAAGCUGCUGGCAGCCCCCCGGAGGAGCUGAUUUCGAAUCCGCUGAUGGGAGAGCUGGGUGGUGCGGCUGGAGGUGCACCGGGCGGAGUCCCCGAUUGCCCGCAGCAAUGA